GAGACGAACUUCAGGGACAACACAGCUUCUUCGUACAAGGGAAAGCAGUGACCUCUUAACAGACAAAAUGGUGCAUUGGACUGACAAGGAGACAGCUGAGAUUGCAAAAUGGAACACUUUGGAUUGUGACGAUCUUGUUUGCAAAAGCCUGAAGAGGAUGUUUACUGUCUAUCCUUGGACUUACCGUUACUUUGACAAAAGGGAAAAUUUUACAGUUGAAGGCCAUGCGAAAAAAGUGUCAGGCAAGAUUAUUGAAGCUGUCCUUGAUCUUAAUAACAUCAAGGAAAAUUUUGUAGAUCUCAGCAAGUUCCAUGCUAACGUUUUACACGUGGAUUCUGGAAGCUUCCAUCUGUUGACUGACUGCAUUAUCAUCGAAUUGUCUGCUCAGAACCGAGGAAAUUUCAAUGCAAAGGUCCAUGGGAUAUGGCACAAAUUUUUUGCUG